AUGCCGUAUCCUGCCGCCGUCGGCGCCGGCCACCCUCCCCAUCACGAGCGGCCCUUGUUGACCGCUGGCUCCGACAGCAACGCUCACUCCUCCUCCUCCUCCUCCUCCUCCUCCUUGGACAAAAGCGAGUGGCGGCCUCGCUCUCCCGUGCCCGCGGACCCUUUUGCGCCGGAGUACUUGGACGAGCUGGCCGGGUACUUCGUCGAGGCGGCUGGCCGCCUCCCCAUCGCUCAGAUCCCCUUCCUGGCCUGCUGCAUGAGAGAUUUCGGUCUCGCCAUCGGCUUCGCCGACCCCGUCACUAACAUCAUCCUCACCACCAUCGACGCCUUCGCCCACGCCAAGCCCUACAUGAUGCGUCCGGUGGACCACAUACCGGUAGAGCAAACCAGGAACAAGACGACCUUCGCCGACGGUGCUCGCAGCUCCUGGAUUGCUCUAAACUGGUUCUUGGUUACCUAUUUUCGGCACCUCACCGUGCCUCUAGCCGUCCUUCUACUCCGUAAAGCUAGCUAUGACCUCCGGGUUGCCGUCGAAGCCGUUCACUUCCAUGUUGAUGGUCCUAACUAUCUUGAGCUACUUGCCCUGGAUUCUGUUAGGACCAAGACAGCAUUUGAGGAGGCGGUUUACCCACAGUCUUCUGCGCCCGAACUCUUGCGUCUAAUGACAUCGAGUUACAGUCGUUUUCUGGCCGAGCCUGUCCUAGAAGAUCUGCACCGAGGGGGGCAGCUCACCGCUGACUGCGUCUACAAGGUCAGCGAGUUGCUGCGCCAUCCAUGGUCACCGCCGCCGCCGUCACACCCCCCUCCUCCUAGUCCUGGUAUUUUUAGGGAUGACGACGGCAGCCUCACCAUGACUGUCCGCAUUGGAGAUGAUUUCGCCACAACACACAUCUCAACAUAUGGUGUCGCCACAACCACUUUCACCUCAUCUUGUCCGACUUAUGCCGGUUUCUCGGAAAACACAACCAACAUGUUAAGUAUGUUCCCUACCCACCAUGGGAGGCUAAUCAACCAGAGAGAGUUCUUCUCGGAGACCUUGGAGACUCCAGAAUUUCUGCCGUUUCUCAAGUUGCAACUUCUUGAUAUGAUCCAUGGUGUUUAUCUGAAGGCUAUUGCGAUGCUACCGGUUCAUGCUCUACGCAAUGGCCACCUGCUCCACUCGCUAGUAACAGCCGGUCACUGCUAUGGACCGUUGGACCCUGUGUCCAAUAUUGUCAUCAACACAGUCUGGUAUGAUGUUGUCUUCCCGCUCUCCAAAGAUGUCGCUUUUGAGGUUGGAGCAGCGGAUAUUCUUGAUGUCCGCUCCAUGCACCGUGUUGAAUCCCGUUCAAUCGACGGCCUGGUUGCCUACCUCCGCAGAUCCCCCUCAACAAAUGAGCAAGAUGCUGUGACAAUGCUUUGCAAAAAACGUUUGAACACCCCAAUCUUGGACUUAUACAAUAUGUGUGAUGUGGCACUGGCCGCGAAACACCCCCAGCCUGCUGCCUUUGGGGCAUUCCUUGAACGUGCGUCCAUUCUACAGUUAUACGACCGAUACUGCCUUUCUAGGGUCCAUGGACAUCCAGAUUCUGCUUUUGAGGAGCUAAAGAUGGCUCUACUCCAGGAAACAACCCGUGUUGCUGUACCAGUGCAACAAUGUGCUCAUGAUAUGGACAAAUCAACAGCUUUCCUGUGGUUAAACAGCAUGUCAAGCCAAAAAACAGCAUUGGUGACGCUGUCCGAAAAGAGGCUUUCAUUCAGGUCUCGGCAAGAUAUUUUUCGCAGAGUGUUGGAACAUUUGCUGAUCGACUAUGGCUACAGGGGUCCCCUGGAACCACUAUACAAGCUCGGUGUCAUCUGUGGAGUGACGAGAAAAAGAAACUACAGCUGCACAGAUGUUUACCAUGCCAAUUUUUUGGCUAGCUCAGAUGGUGGAUCAUCAUGGAAGCUGUUCUUCGCUGAAUUCUGGAACCUACCCGAUGAGAGACUUGAAGAAUCAAAAAAUCCUUUCUGCUGCCCUGUACCGGAUUACCAUGAAUAUCCCGGUCGCUGCGUUGUUUGCGAGAAUGAUUCAAGUAUCAUCAUGCAUCCACAAUCGCGCAAGUAUUACAUGGGCAACUCCACACUUGCAUUUCCGACACCAGGACACUGCGGGGGUGAUACAAGUGAGAAAUUGGACUUUGACUUUAUUUACUUAACUCUAUAG